GUUGAAGACAUCAACGGCCAGUUCGCCGCGAUGCCGCCAUGGCUGCCCCGCUGCGCGCCUCCAAAAGGCGUAUCUUCCGCGCCGACUUGGUCUUAAGGACUGGCGGACGGAUCAGGUGGGAGGUCCAGCGUGGCACGCAAGGGGUUGAACCAGAAGCGCUCUGGGGGCUCCGCCUUGCUGCCAAGCAUGCGCAGCCGGAGCACAGAGGUCAGGCCAAGUUCGGACUGAAAGGCGUCGCCCGAGCAGUGGAGAGCAAGCAGGCCUGGGUGGUCUUUGUGUGCACGGAGGGCUCGCCUGCAGUGCUCAUCCAGCACGUGCCGGCCCUCUGCGCGCUGCACAAAGUGCCCGUGGCCAUGGUGGCCACGGACCCUUCAAACUUGGCCGACGCCGCGCAGGCGCUGUGGCCGGGGCCGAAACCUCGCCGCCACGCCGUGGCCAUUGCCCUACUGCGCAGCUGCCAGGGCCAGCUGAGAGAACUCUGUCAGCACCUGGAGGGGACACUGCCCCCAGUGCGGCUUCCAUUUUUGCAGGCUGCAGCAUUUGGGGUGCCAGUGCUAGCCCAUGAGGCUGCGGAAUUGUCCGCAUCGGCUGCGAAGUCCGCACCAACGCAAGGCCAAGACCCAAGCGGUCAGGCGAUUCCGGAGGAUUUCAUCAAGCUCACGCCGCUGGGUUCGAAAGGCAAGGACAAGGGCAAGGGCAAGGGCAAGGGCAAGGGCAAGGGCAAGGACAAAGGCUGGGGAAAGAUGUCAGCGAAGGGCGGAAAGCGGAAUCAGCUGAAGGUGAAGGAUGUGAAGGAGGUGAAGGAGGUGAAGGAGGUGAAGGAGGUGAAGGAGGUGAAGGAGGUGCAGGAGGUGAAGGAGGUGAAGGAGGUGCAGGAGGUGAAGGAGGUGCAGGAGGUGAAGGAGGUGCAGGAGGUAAAAGAGGUGAAGGAGGUGCAGGAGGUAAAGGAGGUCAAGGAGGUGCUGGAGGAAGUCAUGAGGGAAGUGAAGGAGCUUCAGACCAACGAGCUGCCCAAAGAAGGCACCAAGCGCAAGCUGGAAGCGGCUCCAGCCGAGGAACCCUUCCAGGACUCUCAGCGAUCUGAGCCUGAGAGAAAAGUGCCCAAGGUGACCAUCUCCGACUUCUUCGACGAGGUGGCGCCGGAUGGGAUUUGAGAUGCGCGGAG